CUAAGGUCGAGAGGGCUCCGUGAGGGAGGGAGGACACCACCUGAGGACGCGAGACGGCCUUCCUUCGUUCCCUUCUCCACCAAUAUCUCCACCAACCACCGUCACCACCACCACCACCACCACCACCAUCAUUUCUGCCGGCUGUGCGCGUGUGUGUGUGUGUGUGUGUGUGUGUGUGUGUGUGUGUGUGUGUGCGUGCGUGUCCCAGCCAGGCACCAGCAGGCGAAUGUUAGCUCGUGACUACUUGAUUAACUAAACGUGGCUGAUGAGCCGAGGUGGAGGUGUCUUCAAGAUAAUCAGCAAUAUUAUAAGAGAUGAUCGAGUUGUAUAGAUAAAAAUAAGACAGAACUUCUUGGGAUUAUCUCUGCCGAGUUUGGGUAAUAUAUAUACAAGCGAGAACAGUUUGUAAGGUCGGCUUCUAGUUGAGAACACCAGAAUACAUAAUCUCAAACCAGCAAAGUGCGGUAUAUAAAAACAAGAUUACGCCACUCAGGGAGUGACGCAGUGGGAAGGAGCUUCAUAUACUUUGUUCAAAGCUGCCUCCAUUCUCAAGUAGUGACCAGGAUGGUUUGAAAUAGUUGGUUGUGAAUCCCACUAACCUCUGAGCGCUUCUCCUUUGCUUAGCUUCCCUGCUUAGCCGUUCGUUUUCACGUUUCCUAAAAACCAUCUGGUAAUUGUGACGUAGUGGUUCUUCUAGAGCAGCUACCCUUCCCACUUACAGCUUAGUGUGUGGGAGCAGACACCCCCCAUUUCCUCUUACCUCUGCUCUAAUACACUACUCUUGACCCUCUUUCUUCCUCCUCGCUCUCAACAGUCGCCUCUUGAUCUUCUGCCGUAAUCUGAAGAGCACUCCGCCCUCCUCACUGUAGGGCCCUCGACGUCGGCCCGCUCUCAUUACUAAACAAAAUCCAGCCAGGUCGCGCCAGCUUGGGUCUAAUUCUAAAAAAGGAAAAGAAAGAGAACAGAUUCUAACUGCAGUUGAGGCCCGGCCGACCCAGAUAAGGCAUGAGCGCGCCCGGAUGGCGAGAGUUAGUUGCGGCUGAGGCCAUCACAACCUGCUGCUGAGUCCUCGCUUGCAACACCUAGAGCAUGGACCAGACCAGGUCCAGGUAGUCCCUGCAGCCAAGUGCAAUCUCUUCCAUAUACCUUGAGUUGUUUUACACAAGACAGAACUAAUCCACCACCAUGCCGUUACCGGAUGUGGUAAUGAACUUCGUGGUGCCGGGGAUCAACCUCAGCCUCCAGGAGAUAUCUGACGCCCUCUACAACUGCAUGAAGGAGCAGCGGGUGCAGAGAAAAAUCGUAUUGGUGAUCGUGAGCAUAGCGUUGCUCCUUGACAACAUGCUCUACAUGGUCAUCGUGCCUAUCAUCCCAGAUUAUCUACGCAGGAUUGGAUCUUGGACUACCCAUUUUGAAGGAGGGAAUACCAUCAGAUUUAACGAGUCCAACACUAGAUAUUUAGCAAAUGCCACUGGAAACUACUCUAUUACCGACACGCAUGUUAAAACGAAGCUUGUAAACCAGGUGGUGGUAUACGAAGGUGAGGACUCGGCUAUCGGGAUUCUCUUCGCCUCCAAGGCCCUUAUACAGCUCAUGAUCAACCCCAUCUCCGGUACAGUCAUAGACAGGAUUGGCUACGACAUUCCUAUGACAUUUGGCCUCAUUAUAAUGUUUUUCUCCACUGCCAUCUUCGCUUGCGGUCGCUCCUACGGCGUCUUGUUCUUCGCCAGGAGCCUCCAGGGAGUUGGCUCAGCCUUCGCCGACACUUCCGGAUUGGCCAUGAUCGCUGACACUUACACGGAGGAAUCGGAGCGUACGAAGGCUCUCGGUAUAGCCUUGGCCUUCAUAUCCUUUGGGUGUCUAGUGGCACCUCCGUUUGGAGGGACGUUAUAUCAGUUGGCGGGGAAGGAGGUGCCCUUUUUAAUAUUAGCCUUUGUGUCACUAUUCGAUGCUCUUAUGUUAAGGUUAGUCAUGAGACCAAUAAAAGACCAAAAGAAAGAGCAAGGUCACGAACCGCAAGCCGGAACUCCUAUCUACAAACUCUUCAUGGAUCCAUACAUCUUGUGCUGUGCAGGCGCCCUCAUGAUGUCCAACGUGUCUUUGGCCUUCCUGGAGCCCACCAUCAGCGUGUGGAUGAUGGACACCAUGCAUGUGGAGGAGUGGCAGCUGGGGAUGAUUUGGCUCCCGGCCUUUUUCCCGCACGUUGCCGGCGUCGUUCUCACCGUCAAGCUGUCCAGGAAGUACCCCAACUAUCAGUGGUUAAUGGCGGCCUGCGGCCUGGCUUUAGAGGGAGUCAGUUGCUUCUUCUUGCCUUUCGCAACCAACUACUGGGUGGUCAUGAUUCCUAUCUGUACAAUAUGCUUCGGCAUCGCCCUCAUAGACACGGCGCUCCUACCGACUCUUGGGUAUCUGGUCGACACGCGUUAUGUCAGCGUAUACGGCUCAAUCUACGCCAUCGCUGAUAUUUCUUACUCGUUUGCAUAUGCUUUCGGACCAAUGAUCGCUGGCAGUGUGGUCACCACUAUUGGUUUCGUGGCUCUUAACAUUGGCAUUGCCUUCUCCAACCUUGUGUACUGUCCGAUCCUCUACUCUCUUCGUCACGUGUACGACUACAAGCCCUUCGAGGAUGAGGUCCAGGAACAGCUCAACAUGGGAGAUCCUCCAUCCGGGGACUUCCAAACGUACACGAUGCAAGAAGGACAGCAGGUUCCAGGAGAAGGCAAAACCCAACUGGAGAAUGCCAAGCUCUCCAAAGGUGGCCAGCAGGAGAACUACGGCACCUACGAGGCCAUGGAAAUGCAAGCGACCGAUUACAAUAACCAGGGACUAAAUGGCCACGUGGCAGGUGAUAACAGGACAAUUAAUCAGCGCCACGUGGAUAAUAACCCAUUCCGGCAACAGCAGAGCAUGCAACAUGGAACAAGUUUUCACUAUGACCAGUAAAUGUUCUAAACGAGUGUAAAUAAAUGAUAAGUGUUAUGCAUUAAUAUGGACGUUAUUCGUUAAUAAGAUUUAUUAUUUUGUAUUACUUAUCUUCUCUGUUGUAAAUAGGAAUUAUAGCUCACAUCCUGACUUGUAAACCUGUUCCUGCACCCUCACGUCUGAAGGUUUAGUCAUGUUGCUCUGUUGAUGUGUGUUUUAUAUUAACUAUUGUGUCGUUAACGCAAUAAUAAGUAUCAAAUAGCGAUGUUGCUUCCUUAUGAUAAGGAACCUUGUGGUAACAUCGCCCAGGAUAUGUUGUUGUCAGCUGUUUCUAUUCGUCUCCAUAUUUAUUAUACACAGCCUGAAAACAAUUUUCUUGUUAUAAAUGACUAGGUUGCAUGUCACCAAAAAGAUGCACAUUUUGAUUUCUUUGACCUCUAAAAGGUCAAACUUUCAGGCCACACGCUGGGUAGUUUCUUUCCUGUUUCUGAUGUCAAUACUAGUCGAUGUAGUUCUAGAUGUAUAUAGUUAGGAUCUAUUAAAGAAAGUUGGGGAGGUCAGUACCCAAGACUCUGCUACGGUUCACGGGAAGAAAGAAGAGAGACCUCAGGUAUCAAGCAAAUUAAAAUUUAAACAAAUCCUGACAUCAAAAUUGUUUACAAAAUUUACCUGAGAAUCUUGAAACACCAGUUUGAUCAUUAGAAAAUAUUUACCGAACUCCCACCUAACUUAUCAGUAAAAAAGGAAAUAGGAACGUGAUUAUGAGUCCAUGUUCAGACUAUUCAUAUUAACGCGAGUUUGCAUACAAAUCGGACAGUUUCAACUCCCUGUGUAUCUGCCUGUGGAUAUAAGAAAAAGGCCUCAUUGUAAACAUAAAAGUCUUCAUGUUGUCGCCACACGAAAUAUAAACUCCUCGGGUUAUAGAUCUCUCAGUAGGGAAUAAGGCGGGGGCGCUAGAAAGCUGUUGUUUAUGAGGGGCUUAAUGGGGUAUGAUGAGGGAUGGGGUGACCUGGUAGUACAAGGGUUGAGUGCAGAGCUACAGCACUCAUGUGAGGCUGAGUGAAACACUUCAGAGACAGACAGAAUAUCAUCCGGACUAAAUCUAACACUUUUGAAGCGCCGUAAAGAAUAUGGAUAAACAGUACAAGCCAGAGUAUGGAUAACCAGUACAGGCCAUAGUAUCGAUAGCCAGUACAGGCCAGAGUAUGGAUAACCAGUACAGGCCAUAGUAUCGAUAGCCAGUACAGGCCAGAGUAUGGAUAAUCAGUACAGGCCAGAGUAUGAAUAAACAGUACAGGCCAUAGUAUGGGUAACCAGUACAGGCUAUAGUAUGAAUAACCAGUACAGGCUAUAGUAUGAAUAACCAGUACAGGCCAGAGUAUGGAUAACCACUACAGGCUAGAGUAUGGAUAACCAGUACAGGCCAGAGUAUGGAUAACCACUACAAGCCAGAGUAUGGAUAACUACUACAGGCCAGAGUAGGCUGAAAGAGGGUAAUAUAGGCUAGUUGGGGCAGAUAAUGUAAGCCAGUGUAGCCAGGGGAAAAUAAUUUGGGCCAGUUUUGAUUAGAUUUUCGCCAUACAGACAUGUGUACGCUCUCUGGAAGGACAAUAUAUGUGGUUUGGGCGCGGACAAUACAGGUCGGUGUGGAUCGGCAGUACAGCCCAAUGUGAGCAGGUAAUAAUAGCUAAUGUAGGGGGGACAAUACAGCCCAAUAUGCGUUCAGGAGGAGCAAUACAGAUCAGUGUGCGGGGGUGUGAAGGGAGGUAAUAUAGACCAAAAUGAGUGGUGAAACUGGGUAAUAUAGACCAAAAUGAGUGGGAAACUGGGUAAUAUAGACCUAAAUGAGUGGUGAAACUGGGUAAUAUAGACCUAAAUGAGUGGUGAAACUGGGUAAUAUAGACCUAAAUGAGUGGUGAAACUGGGUAAUAUAGACCUAAAUGAGUGGUGAAACUGGGUAAUAUAGACCAAAAUGAGUGGUGAAACUGGGUAAUAUAGACCUAAAUGAGUGGUGAAACUGGGUAAUAUAGACCUAAAUGAGUGGUGAAACUGGAUCAUAUAAGCUAAAAACAGCCAGGGAGAUAAGAGAUAACGAGCGUGUCGUUUAUUAUAGCCAAGUUGAGGAGGGUUUAUAAGGGCCAAAAGGGUGGAUAGGCAGCCCAGGCAGGGGAAGAGACCAAGGCGGAGUGUUGGGAUGCAGGACCGACCCUAACACUAGCCCAUCACGAGCCGUCUGCACGCAAAUCUUACUGUAGCCAGUCUCACGAAUCACUAUAGAAUAGUCACCGUAUUUUUUAAUUUGUUUUUUCUUCUCCUCGCAACUCUAAAACCUAACUCGAGGCCCCGAGCAGAGUGUUCCUGAGAGUCAUAUGCUAUCUUCCUGUUUAGGAGGCGCGUUAGGGGGGAGGAUGAAUUGAUGAAUCAACCACCAUCAUUUGGAAAUUUGGUGUUCCUGUAAAUUUUGGCUAAGAUUUUGAUGCUAAUUAACCAUGGAUGAUGCUGCUGGAGGGAAGAAUAUACAUAAGGGGAUUAACUUAUUAACUUCAAUCUCAGGAGGACGCUAUUAACUGCUCAGUGUUAAGUUGGACUUUAGAAAUGCGACCCAUCACUUGUUGGGAACCUUGUGAACUCACACAUUUUCCACGCAACAUAUAUUAUAUAUAUAUAUAUAUAUAUAUAUAUAUAUAUAUAUAUAUAUAUAUAUAUAUAUAUAUAUAUAUAUAUAUAUAUAUAUAUAUAUAUCUUUUGCAAGAGCUAUCAAAACUAGCAUCACUAUCAACAUCACUACAACCACGACGACCACAUGUGUAGCCAGUUGCUUCCUCCACCACUCACACCACCACCACGACUACCACGACCACCACCACCUUCACGACCACCACCACCUCCACGACGACCACCCCCGUACCUCCAACAAGCCAGUUCUCUCGAUCUUCCAUAACCUACAAAAUCCAACGUCACAAGCUAACCAAAAUCUCACAACACCCCCCCCCCCCUAUCCUUACCUAAUCUAUCCUACCCAACAGAUGCAGAGAAAACGUGGGUAUAUAGAUAUAUAUAUGUGAAAUGCAACUUUUCAUAGAACGUUACAUUCGGGACGUUGGUUGCAUACCAGCGAACCUAACCACCAGAAUCAUAUUGCAUAAAAACUGACAAGAAAAAUUGCAAAGGUUUGCAACAAGAUUAUUACCAGAAUUGAGAUGUCUGUUCUACAAGAACACGUUAAGACAAGUGAAUCUCACAACCUUCGAGAAAGGUAUAGGUACUAAGAGGGGAAAUGAUUACUUCAUAAGUGAUACUGAUGGUAGGAGACAGAGGACACGGGUGGAAGCUUGAAACGCAGGAUAAAAGAAUAGGUCAAUCAAGGGUAUUAUUGACGGGGCAGUAAGAGUUAGAGAUGACUUCCUCGUGGUCACUGAUAGGUAAGGUAUGUAUCACCACCACCACCACUACCAUCACCUGACCACUACUACCACCACCAGUACUAUCACCUCACCACUAUAACCACCAUCAUUACACCACUAACAUAACCACCAUCACUUCACUACUUCACCACCACCACUAUCACUUCACCACUACAACCACCACCUCACCUCCACCACCAUCACCUCACUACCACCAUCUCACCUCCACCACCACUACCUCACCACCACCACCACCACAACCACCACCUUCACCUCCAUCCCAACCUGCGAGUACACCUGUAGUGGCUAAGGUAAAGUUAGGUUACUUACGGGCUAUUCAUGCCCGUGCCACCUCUUGGGUGGCUUAAUCUUUAUCAAUCAAUCUAAAGUUAGGUAACUGUUAAGAGAAAACUCUAUACCAGAAUGACUAUAAGGCACACAAAGAUUAUUCGAACAUGAGUAGAAAGCUACGAGUGAAGGUGAAGUACCCAACCACUUAAGUCAUCCCAACCUUGCAAGACGUAAGGCCGGCGCCCUACCGUCCAGUGAGUAGACGAUGCACAACCGCUGCCGCUACACUCCCCCAUGGUUACCAACACCAACGGCGGGUCUUAACACAAAGCAGAAAACCUGUUCCAACUGUUGCCACUUCAAGCCGACUUCACAACCCUCACAAAAUCACUCCCUAAUGCAAUCACCACGACCAAACAACCACCAUCCUAACAACCACUAUCUCUACCACCAACAUCCAGUCUACAACUGCAUAAAUAUUAGUGUAUACAAAGCCAACCCAAUCAACACCAUCAAAUGAACAAAUUCACAAGGGCCGUGACGUAGGUUCGAACCCUCGUCACGGCCCUUGUGGAUUUGUCCAUUUGAUGCAUCACGCUAUUGUGAUUUCUGUCACAAUCGCGUGACAAUUGUGACAACCAUCAACCACACCCACACACAAGCUUCCCAACAAUUGGUGAACUUUACCAUGCCAGUCUUCUCGGAAUAAGAAAGGUUCUAGUACCAAAAUGUAGUCACCCAAAAACCGACCAUUUUGAGCCUGACCACAAGGAUUAUUUUUGUAACGACUUCGACUCUUUGUAUUCUGAGACGACUCUGGACUCCCCAAGAGAGAGAGACAAGAGAUUCAAAUAACAUUAAAAAUUGCGUAAACAACUGCUCAUGUUGAACGCCAAAUGUAAUACCGAAAGCCAGAAGAUUAUAUUGACCGCCAGAUUAAAAAAUAAAUAA